AUGCCCGCCGACACGGGCAUGGAGAAACCGACCGCCUCUCCCAUCGCCGGCGCGCCCGCCAGCGCUAGCCACACACCGGACAAGCCGCGGAGCGCCAGCGAGCACCGGAAGGUAAAUGGAGGAGGAGGAGGAGGGUGCCGGUCGGGGCGCAGCAACGGUGGCGGCGGAGCUGGAUGGCGACAAGCCCGCGGCCGUGCUGAGUCGUCCAAGCCCAUCAUGGAGAAGCGGCGCCGGGCGCGGAUCAAUGAGAGCCUGGGGCAGCUCAAGACGCUCAUCCUGGACGCGCUCAAGAAGGACAGCUCGCGGCACUCCAAGCUGGAGAAGGCGGACAUCCUGGAGAUGACCGUGAAGCACCUGCGGAACCUGCAGCGGGCGCAGAUGACCGCCGCUCUCAGCGCCGACCCCACCGUCCUCGGCAAAUACCGGGCCGGUUUCAACGAGUGCAUGAACGAGGUGACCCGGUUCCUGUCCACCUGCGAAGGGGUCAACACCGACGUGCGCACGCGGCUCCUGAGCCACCUCUCGGCUUGCCUGGGCCAGAUCGUGGCCAUGAACUACCCCCCGCCACCGCCGCCGCCACCGCCGCCCUCCCAGCCCGCACAUCUGGCGCAGCAGCCGCUGCACGUCCAGAUGCCCCCGGGCACAGCUGGAGCCGUUCCCGUGCCCUGCAAGCUCAACCCUUCCGAAGCUCUGUCCCCAAAAGUUUAUGGCGGUUUCCAGCUCGUCCCGGCUACCGAUGGUCAGUUCGCCUUUCUCAUCCCGAACCCAGCCUUCCCUCCCAGCUCCGGACCGGUUAUUCCUCUCUAUGCCAACGCCAACGUGCCGGUGUCGGCGGGAGGAGGCUCCGGGAACGCGGCCGCCACCCCCUCGGUAUCGCCGGUGCAAGGUUUGACAUCAUUUGGGGGCAGCAUUGGUUCAGCAUCCCAAGCCGGGAGUCCCGUUGGAGAGCGCAGUGAAUCCGUCUGGAGACCCUGGUGA